CGUCGCGCAUAGGAUCGAAAUAGAACCAAUUAUAAUAUUAUUUGUUGUUGCGUUCAUCUUGCUACCGUUGUGAUGUUUACGUUUUCAUAGUGUCCCACAAUCCAAGUAUUGCGCCUGCGAACAGCUGCGGAAUAAUGCGCGAAUGCAAACCAAACUGUUACAACAUCGCCAGAGUGCUCUAAGAUGAAAACUCGCUAGUGGAGGCUCACGCAGCACAAGCUGAGUUGGGGGUGGCAAGAAGAUUCCUCGGCUCAUUUGACGCCCAAGUGCGCGAACGGCCCAUUGACUUUGCUGGCUGGCGGAUUGUUUAGUGUGGUGUGUGCGGUCCCGCAUGUUCAGUGUGUGCGAUCUAUUGCGACCCGCGGUUCUUAUUUCGCAGCUAUAAUUGAACGCCGUACGAGAGGGCGUUUCCGAUUGGAGUCGGAAUCGAGCGCAACCGAUCGGACCCGGUCCGUCGAUUGGUUCGAAAUGAUGGUUCCGUUCAGACGCCGGAAAGCGAACAAGGAGUUCCCGGUGAAGGUUCACACGUUCGAUUCGGAACUGGAGUUUCAUUUGGAGCACCGUGCCACAGGUACGUUCCUUUUCGACCUAAUAUGCCGAACGGUUGGCCUGCGGGAAACGUGGUAUUUUGGGCUGCAGUACGAAGAUUCGAAAGGCAACCUUUCGUGGCUGAAGAUGGACAAAAAGGUGCUGGACCAGAGCGUCAACAUGCCCAACGGUAGCUGUAUGUUUAUCUUCCUGGCCAAAUUUUUCCCGGAAAAUGUGGCCGAAGAGCUGGUCCAGGAGGUUACGCAGCAUCUGUUCUUCCUGCAAAUCAAGCAAGCCAUCCUUUCGAUGGACGUGUACUGUCCACCGGAGGCCUCGGUUUUGCUUGCCUCAUACGCGGUGCAAGCAAAGUACGGAGAUUACGAUGAGGCGGUCUGUAAGCCUGGCAUGCUGAUCAGUGAAAACCUGUUGCCACAAAGAGUGAUCGACCAGUACCAAAUGACGCCCCAGAUGUGGGAGGAACGCAUCAAAACGUGGUACGCGGAUCAUCGCGGCAUGUCACGAGAUGAAGCGGAGAUGGAGUAUCUUAAGAUAGCACAGGAUCUGGACAUGUUCGGGGUAAACUACUUCCCAAUCACGAACAAGAAAAACACAGAAGUGUGGCUCGGUGUGACGGCACUGGGGUUAAACAUCUACAACAGGGAAAACAAACUGCUUCCGGUGACGACGUUCCAGUGGAACGAAAUUCUUCACAUCAGCUUCGACGACAGAAAGUUUGUGGUAAAGACCAACGACAGCAAAAACCCCAAGCCAGUGAUAUUCUACUCGGAGAAGGUUCGCAUCAACAAGCUGAUUCUCGAUCUUUGCGUCGGGAACCACGAUCUGUACAUGAAGCGCCGCAAACCGGACACGAUGGAGAUACAGCAGAUGAAGGCGCAGGCGAAGGAAGAAAAGCAGAGGCGGCAAGUCGAGCGGAACAAGCUUACACGCGAAAAGCAGUUGCGUGAAACUGCCGAGCGAGAGAAGGCCGCGAUGGAGCAGCGUCUGAUGCAGUUGCAGGAAGAGAUGCGUGCCGCUAAUGAGGCUUUGCGACGCAGUGAGGAGGCAGCCGAACUGUUGGCCGAAAAGAACCGGCUGGCCGAAGAGGAAGCCAUGCUGCUAUCGCACAAGGCACAGGAAGUGGAGCAAGAGAUUAGCCGCAUGCGUAUGACCGCACGCAAGACGGAGGAAGAAAAGAUGUACCUGGAGCGCAAAACGCAAGAAGCGGAGCUGCUGACGGCGCGCAUGAUGGAAGAGUCGCGCAAGCGUGCCUUUGAAGCGGACAAGCUCAAGAACGAACUAAUUCACGCCCGGGUCGCCGAAAAAGAGGCCAAGGAAAAGCUACUCAAUUUCCUCAGCCGGACGUCCACUGAAUCGAUACUCAUAACGCCGUCGUCCUCGCCGGAAUCACCGAUGCACGAGCUGAGCUCGUACGAUCUGCUAGCCGACGGCGACAUGGAGCAGUUGUCGCUGGAAAUCGAAAAAGAAAGAGUGGAGUAUUUGACGAAAUCGAAACAAGUUCAGAGUCAGCUGAAGGAACUUCGGUCGGAGAUUGAGCAGCUCAAGAUUGGUGAGAAUCAGUGUCCCUUGGAUGAUAUCAAUGCCGAGCAGUUGCGGCUAGGUGAGACCAAAUAUUCCACCCUGAAAAAGGUUAAGUCCGGUUCGACGAAAGCACGAGUAGCAUUUUUCGAGGAACUGUAAGUCGUUUGUUUAAUCACACAUUAUCACAUAGUCGUCUUCAUUUUGUGUACCCUGUUUUUGGUUUUGCCUUCUUUUUUAUGCGUUCUUUCGGAUGAAAGUUGUUUGGCUUUACCGCGGCUGUUCGCUUUUAGAGUCUUGUAUGUACCGUAUAGUUUCCGUUUUAUUUUUGUUCUGUGUACUCUCCUGUCCAGGUUUUAGAAAUAAUAAGACCAGAUUUGUAUCCAAUCAACCACCAUAGUUCAUUCGCUUCGAUCUCUGUUUUGAAACAAUUGGAGACUUUCGGCGGGAUUACAUUACUGUUUUAAAUCGUGCCUGGUCACUAUACGCGGCAAAGAGACCGUUGUUUUAAGCACAAUAAUCAAUUAUUUAACGCUCCUCGGAAUUGUCAAUCAACAGAUCAAUACAACUACUAAAAGCAUAAAUUGUUGCAGAAAGUUUGUUUAUUCAGCAUUCCCGUGCAUUGGAAAGGCUGAAUUUGAUAUUAAUAAUUUAUCUCAGAGCUUGAUUUUAUUUAUCUUAGCAAAGUAUACUUUACAUUAGCGUUGAGCGUUGAGAAAAGUUGUUGCACCCUAAAUGCGAUAAAAAAUUGUUUAGAAGCUAAUGGUUCUUCAUACGCGUGGCUCGAAAGACGUUACUCGUAUAAACGUGUCCCUAUUUACAUGCCAUUUGGACAACACUUGGUGUGCAUUAGAAGAGUAAUGUAUCAUACUAGGAUUUCAGAUUUCAUCACAAUCAACUGCAUUUCAUAAUCAUUGAUCAGUAUCGUUUGUAUUCAUUAGUCACUGUCCU